CCGGGAGGAGGGGCUAAAAUUUCAAGAAGCCUGUGUUGAGCAGCUCGGCGCUUCGGCACGGCAGAGAGCGCCGGGAGCCCGAGGGGAGCGCAGCGAGUCCUGGCCCGUGGUCGUGCAGUACAGGGGGUUGGAUGGCAUGCUGGACCCAAGCUCAGCUCAGCGUCCGGGCCCAUUAACGGCUUUUCCAACGGAGCAGCUUUCUGUCCUGGCCACACCAAGGUGCAUAGCGUAAUGUCCAUGUUGUUCUACACUCUGAUUACAGCUCUUUUGAUCGGCACACAGGCAGAACCCCACACAGAGAGCAAUGUCCCAGCAGGACACGCCAUCCCCCAAGCCCACUGGACUAAACUUCAGCAUUCGCUUGACACAGCCCUCCGCAGAGCCCGUAGCGCCCCAGCCAGGGCGAUAGCUGCAAGGGUGGCAGGGCAGACCCGCAACAUCACUGUGGACCCCAAACUUUUUAAAAAGCGGCGACUGCGUUCACCCCGCGUGCUGUUUAGCACCCAGCCCCCACCUGUCGCUGCAGAUACUCAGGAUCUGGACUUUGAGGCCGGGGGUGCCGCCUCCUUCAACAGGACUCACAGGAGCAAGCGGUCUUCCUCCCACCCCGUCUUCCACAGGGGGGAGUUCUCCGUGUGCGACAGCGUCAGCGUCUGGGUGGGGGAUAAGACCACCGCCACGGACAUCAAGGGCAAGGAGGUGAUGGUGUUGGGAGAGGUGAACAUUAACAACAGUGUAUUCAAGCAGUACUUUUUUGAGACCAAGUGCCGGGACCCCAAUCCCGUGGACAGCGGGUGCCGGGGCAUUGACUCGAAGCACUGGAACUCCUAUUGCACCACAACCCACACCUUCGUCAAGGCGCUGACCAUGGACGGCAAGCAGGCUGCCUGGCGGUUCAUCCGGAUCGACACGGCCUGUGUGUGCGUGCUCAGCAGGAAAACCGGGAGAAAAGCCUGACCUGCAGGACAGCCCCCGCCCUCCCCAAGCGACCCCUCCACACUCUCCUGGGCCCCUCCCUACCUCAACCUGUAAAUUAUUUUAAAUUAUAAGGACUGCAUGGUAAUUUAUAGUUUAUACAGUUUUAAAAAAUCAUUAUUUAUUAAAUUUUUGGAAGCAUC